AUGGCUUGGAAAGGGCAUAUCCUGGCGCUCGCGGACGACAAAAAUGUAUUGUUCAUAACGGUCGGUAUCGCCUUCAGUCAUGUCGGAAUCGUCGAGCUCAUUUUUGCACGAUUUUUUGUUCCAUCUGAGUUGGUCCUUGCCAUGCUGAAGCCGCGAAUGCCCGAGCUGUCGUAA